GUGCAGGAGAAGGAGCCGCGCGCUGCCAAGGCAAUUGCCCUGAAAGCAACACCCGGGCACGUUCUAUAUAAACGGCGAGACAGGCGCCCUCUGCUCUCAACAAACCGGCUCAGCACCUGACAGCAGAAGCAACGACCGUGUGUGCACAUCAUCGAUCGAUCAUUCACUUGGCUCAUCACUCGAUAGCAGCAGCAGCAGCAACGCAGGAUGAGGACGGAGAUGGUGAUCCGGAUGCCGGGGGGCGGCUCGGCGGACAAGGGCCAGGGCGCGAGGGCGAUGAAGGUGGCGGCGGCGGUGGCCGGGGUGGAGUCGGUGGCGCUGGCGGGGAAGGACAGGAGCCUGCUGCGGGUGGUCGGCGACGGCGUCGACUGCAACGACCUCACCACGCGCCUGCGCCGCAAGGUGGGCCGCGCCGACCUCGUCGAGCUCCGCACCCUCCACGGCGCCGCCGGCUACGGCUACUACGGGCCCCGCGCCGGUAGCGGCCUCUCGCGCGCCGACUCCGGCUACGGGGGCACCAGCAGCAGCGGCUACGGCGGCGGCGGCUCCUACCCCGCGACGACGCCCGCCGGCUACGCGCCGGAGUACUACUACGGCUACGGCCACCAGCAGCAGCAGCCGGCGCCGUACGGGUACUACCCGCCGGCGGCGCCCACCGUGGUGCACCACGAGUACUACCCGCCCUCGACCGACCCCAACGGCUGCUCCAUCAUGUAGCAGGGAUCGAUACGGUAGUGUUACAUUGUGUAGGAUUAGGUCACUAGGAUGUGCUUGCUUGCCUCCCUGUGUGUUGAAGAUGGUGAAGCUGCUGGCCUGCUGCGUGUGCGAUUGUUUUCUACUCUCUGAGUCUCUGUGUCCUGCAGUUUCAUACUGAAAGCAGGGGCUUGUGUGUUAGCUGUGCCCCUGCUGCCCCGUUUCAUUCAUUUGUGUAGCCGCAUGCAUUGCUUUCCGGAUUUGUGAAGCUAGUGAGAUGUAAACGCGAGUUUCCUCGCAAAAAAAAUAAUGAUAAUCAACGGAUGUGAGUUCCUGUA